AAUACUUCUAAUUUCUAAAAAAAAUUCUACACAUAUUGUCCAAAUCUUCCUACUCUCUAAUACUCUUUAAUCAUCUCCAAUUCUCCAUCUUCAUCUUCUAUUCUUCUCCAAUUUUCUCAUUUUCUCUACACCUAUUAAUAUACAUAUCAUAUUAUUCAUAUCUAUUUAAAUUAGUUAUACAAUUAUUAUAUCUACUUAUAUAUUUAUUAUCUGGAAUUAUUUAUGAUAAAAAAAACCCUAGCGUGAGAGCUCUGGCGAUGUAGGCAGCAUGGUUGCGCCAACAGCAUGGGUCGCCCCGGCAGGAGGGUCGGGAGCGGCAGUACGUUCUUUUGCGGAAGUUCUAGCGGCCAACAAGGACAUCCCAUUGAAGGAACCUUUUAGGUAUCGGGGUAUGCCCGCUAUCUGCUUCACGGAGGAGGAAGUGGCUACCUUGGCGGCUCAGCACAAGUUUGCUUUGGUUGGAUCUUUUGUUAGAGGGAUGCCUGCAAUGGCGACGAUUCGCUCAUGGAUCCAUAUCAUUAGGGCUGCUGGAUCAAAAACAUAUUCUGCUCAAGUUUGGAUCUGAUGAAGAUUUCCAGCGAUGCUGGGUGCGUCAAACUUGGAGUAUUCGUGGGUUCCGAAUGAGGGUUACAAGGUGGACGCCGUAUUUUCGGCUGGAAGUCGAAUCCCCUAUUGUACCGGUGUGGAUCACAUUGGAUGGACUUCCACUACAUUUGCAAGACAAAAUAGCACUUUUUUUCCAUUGCAGAGAUGAUUGGCAAGCCCCUUAAGGUGGAUGCUGCAACAGCAAACCUAUCGAGACCAUCCACUGCAAAGGUUUGUGUGGAGUUGGAUUUGUUACAAGAGAUUCCCUCAAAAAUUCUUAUUAUGAAUGGUAGCAAGGAAAUUUUACAAGCUGUGACAUAUGAGGAUAUGCCCAGCUAUUGUACCAAAUGAUGUAGGCUGGGACACACUAAGGAGGAAUGCGGUGUUCCUAGAAUGCGUGUGGAAGGGGGAUUCGUUAUGCCAGCACCCAAAAAGCUUUUGACUAAACAACCACACCAACAUGAGAAAAAAUCCUCUGAAGAAUGGGUUCAAGUCUCGCGGAAGAAUAAGGGCAAAGAAGUGGUGUUGGGAGAUAAAGAUAAGGUUGAAUCUUCUAAGCGUAGAGAGAUAGGCUCGACUUUAAUUAUUUGGGAAGGAGGAAAUAGAGUCAAAUCAGAGAAAGCGACAGUUCCAGAAUCUGUAGGCAAGGAGGUGGUUGUCGUGACAGAAAAUGAGAAAUUUGAUAGUUCUCAAGGGAUUCGGGGUAAUCCUGACAAAGGAGACCCGGUGAAGGCAGCUGCCGUUGAAGUUGAGGCAGUGAGCCAUCAAGAAGAGUUGGCUACGGUUGUAGAUGACGUAGAGAAGAGGGUUGAGAAAGAUCAAAUUUUGGAGGAGGAGGAAGGACACAUGCUGGAGGCAGUAGGGUUGGGGGAAUGUGUUAAUAUCAAGCCAUCAAGUGAUGUCACCAAGUUGAUUUCCUUUGAGGAAGGAAAUGAUUUCAAUGUAGGGAGUAAAAUAGUAGUGGAAGGGGUAGUUUCAGAUGGGGAACAUGUUGAUAUUGAUGUGAUUACUGUAGACAUAUAGAAAUCUAUUUGUGGUGAAAUAAAAAAGAAGGUGGCUUUGAUGGAAACUGAACAAGCGAAAGUGUUGGGGGUGGUAGGUCGGAGAAAAAUCAAAGAGGCUCCUCCUCGAUCAGUCACAACCCGGUUGGCGCCAAGAGGAACAACAUGGAAGGCUCUUCCGAGGUUUCUUUAUGAAAAUGCUCACUUGGAAUGUGAGUGGUCUUGUUUCCGCUUGCCCAAGACUACAUCAUUUUGUUAGGCAGUACUUUAUUAAUUUUGUUACUAUCAUCGAACCUAUCGUUAACUCAUCAAAUGGAAGUGUCUAUUUAAAUAGUUUGGGAUUUACAAAAUUGUCCAUGUCAGCUACAAAUAAGAUCUGGAUUAUGUGGAACACUACGGUUUUUGACGUAAUCUCUAUUGUGGAUAGAGAUCAAUUUAUGAUGAUUAAGGUGAUGUAUAUUCCUCUUGAUUUCUCCUUCUCUUUUUUCCAGUAUAUGGAAAACACACAUGUACUGAGCGGGAGCAACUUUGGGAGGGUUUGAGAAGUUUUGCUUAGAAUGAUAGAGGUGCAUGGUUAUUAGGAGGAGACUUUAAUAUUGUAGCUUCACCUACUGAAUAUAAAGGGCCUUCGGCGCCGCGAAUGGGGGAUAUGUUAGAUUUCUAGGAGUAAACUGAGGCGUGUGAGCUCAUGCAACUCCCUAUGUUUGGUUCCACAUACACUUGGAUGGGUGUACGGUCAAAUGGAAGGAUUUGGGAAAAGCUGGACCGAUACUUGGUAAAUCAAGUUUUUCUGGAUGGUUUUGAGAAUGUUAACGUUCAACAUUUGAGCAAAGCUUCUUCUGAUCAUUGCCCUAUCAUGCUCAUCUGUGAGAUGCCCGCGGUCAGAGGACCGUCGCAAUUUCAUUUUCAAAACAUGUGGUUUACUAAUAGGGAUUUUCUUGCUUUUGUGAAAACAAAAUGGGAAGAAUACCCUAGGAUUGGGGGGAUGUGUGGGAUGUGCCUCAAGCUCCGUUUACUUAAAGCUGACUUGCGAAUUUGAAACAAAGAUGUUUUUGGAGAUAUCUUUGGGGAAGUUAAAAAAUUUGAACAAGAAGCACUGGUUGCAGAAAAGGCUUUUGAGGAUGACCCGACCGAGGAGACUAGAGUACUUUGCCAUCAUAAACAGGCCCUUUUGCUUAAAAAAGUCAAGCAGAAAGACAUCUUUUGGUGGCAGAAGGCUAAUAUAAAGUGGCUUAAGGAGGGAGAUGCCAAUUCAAAAUUCUUUCAUGCUAUGGUGAAAAACAAAACAAGGAAGCAAUUUAUUCGGGCUAUAAAGAAUGAAGAUGGGGAUUGGAUUUACAAUUCGCGGGAGAUUUGAGAGGAGGCAGUGCGUUUUUUCGAAAAUCUUUACCAUUUUGAACCUACCUCUUCAGAUGACAAAGUCCUUAAACAUAUUCCCAAGUUAGUGUCUGAGGAGGAGAACAUGGGACUAAUUAUGUUGCCUAAUGAGUUGGAGGUGAGAGAUGCAGUUUGGGGAUUAAGCGAAGAAGCAGCUCCUGGACCGGAUGGGUUUGGAGGUUCUUUCUACAAGGGUUGUUGGGAGAUUAUUAAGCAAGAUAUAGUGAUGGUAGUGCAUGAGUUCUUUUUGGGAGUGGCUAUUCCUAAAGGGGUUGAGAGUGUGAAUAUGGUGUUAAUUCCCAAGGAAAAAAUCCAAAUUCUUUUGGAGAUUUUAGACCUAUUUGCCUCUCUACGUUUCUAAGUAAGAUCAAUACCAGAAUUAUUGCUUCUAGCAUGGCCAAUCUAUUGCCUAGAAUCGUCUCCAACGAAUCAGCAGAUUUCAUGAAAGGGAAGGAGAUUCAAUAUCAAGUGUUGACGGAUUUUGAGGUAUUACAUCAUAUUGACUAGAAGGUGCAUGGCUCCAAUUUGGUUAUCAAGCUUGAUAUGGCUAAGACGUUUGAUAGGGUUGCCUGAGGUUUCUUGGAUGCUAUCUUGGAGAAGUUUGGUUUUUCAGAGCGGUUCAGGAGGAUUAUUAUGGGUAAUCUACAGUCCACCUAUAUCUCUAUUAUCAUCAAUGGGGUUUCCUAUGGGUUUUUUAAGCCACACUGAGGGGUAAAAUAGGGGGACCCCCUGUCUCCUCUAUUGUUUAUUAUAAUGUCAGAGGCUCUUUCUAGGGGGUAUAAAGAUUUGAUUCUACAGGGGAGUAUUGGGGCUUUUAAUAUGGGAAGAGCUCUUAACGUUUCUCAUCUAGCUUUUGCAGACGAUCUGAUGAUCUUUCUUAAUGGGUCUGCAAAAUCUAUACGAAACUUUAAUAAGUUCAUUCAUUUAUAUCAAAAAGCAACCGGGCAGCUAAUUAACAAGGAUAAGAGCUGUUUUGUGGCGGGCAAACACACUACGGCAGGCAGAAUUGCUCGUAUCAAACAUGAGUUGGGGAUGAAAAAUACUAAGCUACCUUUUAAAUAUUUAGGGGUGCAGAUUCACAAAGGCACCACUCGUUUAGCUCACGUUAAGGAGCUAAUUCGGAGUUUUGAUAAUAAAUUACUGUCUUGGGGACAAAAGUUGUUAUCCUGGGGGGAGGCUAGUUCUGAUUAAGCGUGUUUUAAGCUCUAUCCUGUUACAUAUACUUGCGGUUAUAGGCAUCUCACCUUCGGCCAUACACAUCAUUAACAAAAAAAAUCAAACUUCUUUUGGGGUUUCAAGGAGAAUAAGCCCAAGCAUCACUGGAUUUCUCUGAAAAAGAUGUGUAGACCUAUCGAGGAUGGAGGGGUGGGUAUCAGGUCAAUUUUGCAGUCUCAAAAAAUUUCAGCUAUAAAACUCUUGUGGGAGUUUCAAACUGGGGUAUCUACAUGGGCCGGUUUUAUGAGAAGUAAAUAUGGGAGGAGGAAUUUGGGGUAGUUUAAGCCUCUUGACUCCCCAACCUGGGGGAGAAUCUGCCAGAUCAACCAAGAGGCAGAGCAAUUGGUUGACAGAGGUCAAACCCCCAUCAAAUGGAAGCAUACAAGGGAGGGGGUGGGGUAUUCACUACCAAAUCUGCUUACAAGGCCAUCAUGCAGGGGGGGGGCUAACUUAUUCUUACAUUUGGCAUAAAAGCAGGUGCCUAAGAUCAAAAUCUUCCUAAGGCUUCUUUGGCACAAAGGGCUACCCUUCACGGAACCGCUGGUACGAUUCAGCACCAUUUAUCCUUCUGUUUGCCCUUAUUGUUUUUCAGAUACUGCUUCCCAGGACCAUGUUCUCCUUGGGUGUUCCAUUGCUCGUGCAGUCUGGAAUUUCUUUGACAGCUCUCUGCAAAUGCAAGAAAGACAAAUUAGCGAGAUCAAGUCUCAAAUCCGGAAAUGGCUGAUUUCAGGAAGAGGCAAGACCUUGGAUGCUUCCUAUAUCGUAGUGCUGCCUGGAGUAAUUGUCUGGCAUAUCUGGAAGGCUUACUGGGAUGCUACUUGGAAAGGGGUAGUUCCAGAUUCUCAGUUAAUUAUUGCACAAAUUAUAAAAUUCAUGGUUAGUUGGUGCUACGCAAAUGAUAAUUUAUGGGGAAGCUCGAGAAUUAGGGAAGCUAGCUUAUUACCUGAACGUUUUGGCUUGGAAAAGCCCCGGAUUUGGAGGUGGACCAAACCUCCCAUAGGGCGUAUGUGUUAGGAAAUUGAUGUAACGUACCUCGAAAGUACAGCAGCUGAAGUUUAAAAUUUUCCCAAACAGAUCUUCUCUCAUUAUGACAAAACAACGAAUAUGAUAAUAAUAACAGAUCUGAGUUAGAACUUACGGAUCUUCCAGCCUAGCGGUGAUAAUCCUUGACCUUAGGUAUCCACAUGAUUUCUCCUUUCUGAACGAACGGUUAGAUCUCCCAUAGAGAAAGGUUAGGAAAUCUCUUCGCAGAGAAAUAAACUAGUAAUAAUGAAUCUAGAAAACUGAUCUCUAAAUAAUGAAGGAGGAGGAUGUAUUUAUACUAGUUCUAAAUUAGUUUCUCAAUCACAAUGAAAGUCUUCCUAAUUAAUGAGUUCUAGUCUAAGUAGGCCCAAUGCCCCCCAUUAAUUAAACAAAUAAAUAAAAUAAAUAAACUAAUAAGAAGGGAGAAGUGGCUGCACGCCACUUUCUACCCUUAUAUUAAAUAUUAUUUCUUUUAUUUAUUAAUUAAGUAUAAUAAAUAAUCGUAGUAAUAAUAAAAUAGUAUCAAGAGAAAGGUUAGGGAGUGGCUUUAGCCGCCACCCUACCUUUACUCUUUACAUAUUAUUAUUAUUAUUAUUAUUAUUAUAUUAUUUUGAUUUUCUUUUAAUCUAAUCUCAAAAUACAUUAAAAGAAAAUAUCAACUUAAUUAUAAAUACAUCUUAAUUAAGUAUAAUAAAUCUAAUUUAUUUCACUUAAUUAAUUCUAUCAAAUAGAACCCUCCUUCAACUUCAUGAAUUAAAUAUGUUUAAUCUAAUUAAUAUUUAAUCCAUUUCCAGUACUACGAAUUAAAUAUUAUUUAAUCCAAUUAAUAAAAUUUAACUCCUUCUAGCAAUUUAAUCGAAAGGUAUAAUCACUUGUUGUGUGACCCAUAGGGUCUUACAUAUUAAGCACUAAUCAAAUUAAAGUCUUAGCAGAAUCCCUAGACGAUUUACCAGACAAUCUUAAUAUAUAAGGACGUUUGUGAGGACUAUUCAAACUCCCUAUAAUAUAGAGCUCAUAGUGAUACGGUCCUUUCAUUCAACGAACAUUCAACUAAGUCUAGAACAUGAUACUGUGUCUAUUCCAAUAACUUAGUUUCUAUCUCUCAAUCUUUCUAGAUGAUCCAUAACGAUCAUAUUCGAUAUCCAAAACGAAUAUAUCUUUGCAUUGUCCAAUGACUUUAUUAUCCAUCUAAAUAUGAGAGGUAGAAUGUUCUCUCUUAAUCUAUUAUGAGGAAUGAAUCUUUUCUUGGCUCAACUACUACUCCAUGUGCUUCGUGAUGCACCUAACACAUGUCGUAUCUACCCCGAUUGGAGUGCAAGCGUUGGUCAUGGUCAAGGUACAUCAGUCCACAUACCAAUCUUAUUGCAUAUCAUCAAUAUUCCAUUCUUGAUCAUUGAUUGGGGCUAUUUUAGGACCUUAUGUUAUAUCAUAUAAGCUCUCACUUACUUAUUGACAACAUAAGUCCAAGAGAACACAAUUUUGAAUAAGAUAUUGACAAUCGAAAUACUUAAUCAUCAAUGUGUAAUACCGUAUAUAUCAAAUAUAUAAAACUGAAUGUGAUCAAGUACAUAUAUCUCUAAAACGUGAUUGUCGCUAGGACAUAUAUACUAACAGUAUGAAGCUUAGUUGGGUGAUAUUAAGACAAUACGAGAAGUCUUCGGCAGGCUAUAUCUUGAGAGAUCACCAGGGAGCGGCGGUAGCGGUGGAUGGCUUCCCACUCAGUGGGUCUUCAACGAGCUAGGAGGAGAUGGAGAGCAUUUUCCGGAAGGCUCUGGAGUGGGGAGAGAGUUUUCAGCUGUCGCAGGUGGAAGCUGAACUGUCUUAUACGAACCUGUUGGGGCGGAGCUCGGUCUACUUGGCCCAACAUGAUUAUGUGAGUGCAGUUGGGCCUAUUCCGGCCCAAUGCAACAAAGUGGCUUACAUAGUAGCUCAAUUGGGCUGGGAGGCCCCGUUUUGAUGGCGGCCCGAGGACCUGUUGCCAAAUAUACUACGAGGGGCCCUUUAUCUGGACUCUAUUUUGUUUCCUUAUAUUUUAUCUUAGGUUUCAAGCACUAUUCGUUUGUGGAGAGGUUUUGGCUUGGUCCCCCUCUUCUUUUGUACUCUUUCUAAGUUUUUUUCUAAUAAAACAUGGCAAAUGUUACCCGACAUUUGCUCCACUGAUUUUGGUGGUUUGACG